UUGUGAAGAAGUGAAGAAGCAGCUCGACGAUUUUCCAUUCUGCACUGGAACGUUGAGGAUGUUUCUCCUUGUCUGCGUCCUCUGCCUGAUGGCUCCCAUUGGCUACAGUCAACUUCAGGGUCCUCCUGGUCCCAAAGGGGAACAGGGAAUACCAGGGCUUCAAGGUGCCAGAGGGUUCCCUGGGACCCCUGGGUUACCAGGGUUCUCAGGUAUGAAAGGGGAUCCUGGGUUUCCUGGGACACCAGGAUCAAAGGGUGACUCGGGAAUGCCAGGUUUUUCAGGUCCACCUGGGCGACCUGGACCACCUGGACAACCUGGGUAUCCUGGACAAAAAGGAGAUCAUGGGAUACCUGGAAUACCUGGAGAACCUGGAAGACCUGGAGAACCUGGAAGACCUGGAGAACCUGGAAGACCUGGAGAACCUGGACCUCGUGAGAUAUGCAGUCAAGAUCCUGCUGGUUCCAGCUGCCCGGACCUGAGAGCCUUAAAGGAGAGCCUCGCUCGGCUGGAGCUGGCUAUAAACUACAACUUUGUCCGAAAAGUUGGUCAGAAAUACUUUGUGUCCAACCAGGAGAGAGACUCCUUCUCCAGGGCCGUGGAGUUGUGCUCCCAGCGAGGCUUAGAGCUGGCUCUGCCCCAGAGCGACCAGGAGAACAACGUGCUGACUCAGAUCUUUGGGGACGUCUACAAAUCGGCCUGGAUCAACGUCAACAAAGUGAAAGCAACGGGGAACUUUAACUCCGACAUGAAGAACCGACCUUUGACCUUUACCAAAUGGGGAGAAGGGCAGCCGGACAAAACCAUCCAGGAUACAGGCUGCACCAUGCUGUCAGAGAACGGCGUCUGGAGAGUGACGCACGAGUGCUUCCUGAACGCCUUCAUCGUCUGUCAGAUAUAGAAACGUCUCACAAACACAAACACAAACACGUCUCGUAUAUUUCACGUCUUAUGAGUUACUGCAGUCAGUGAGCCGAGGGAAUCUAUAUUUUCAUAUUAUCAUACUUAAUAAUCUGUGUUUAAAAAGUAUAACUGUGUAUUAAAAUGUGAAAUAAAAAGGCCGGUCCAGUAUCUGUACAGAGACAGAUGAUUUUAUUAGCUAGAUUAAUAAAACAGAUUUAAGCUUCUGUUUAA